AUGUCACAACAGAAGGGAAGUGGAGAUACAUGGUCACAGUUAAAGACUGGAUUCGCAAGAGCCAAGCAUAGAGUGUUGGCCAAGGUUGGUGCUGCAGAGACAACAGUAGACACCAAGAUUCAAGCAGAGAGUGAUAAGUUGUUCACUCUAUUCAAGUUGAUAAAGAGGAUCAAUAAGAACAUUGCAAAGUAUCAAGAUAUCAUCAAGGAUAUAUCAAUCCUUCAGAAUGAGAUGGCUCAUGAUAUCUUGUCAUUCGAUGAGAAGGACCCUCAGAGUCUGGCAUACCAAGAGUGCCAGAGGGAGUUGGAAAGACAAAGAAUGGAGAUGCAAGAGUACUUGGAGGUAUACUGCCAUGAUCCAUUGAGACAAUAUAUAUCACAGUUUAGAGAGAUUGAGGAGCGUUUGAAGGAAUUGGACGUGCGCAGACUUGAUAUGGACAGGUACUUCCGCGACUAUUCAAUCAAGGCUAACAAGGGCAAGGAUGCAACAUCGUUGGCAAUCACAGAGUCCAAGCACACACGUACAAAGGAGGGCUAUCUAGAGUUGAGUGACGAACUCAUGCAUGACAUGCCAAUCCUGUUCAACGAUCGCCAGAACGUGUUCAAUCCAGCAUUGGCCGCGUUGAUCAAUACUAGCGCGAGAUUAUACGCCAACAACUCUGUGGCCUAUGGCAAGGGCCAUCACAUCGCCAGUCAGAUCAACGAGUACGACUCAAUCAAUCAUGCUUGGGUCAUCACACCGGUCGACCAAUCGGCCAUCUCAACAAACGUUCGAUCAUCCGCCGUCUUCAACAGCAAGACGAACGAAUACUCGCCAUCCACUCGCAGUCGCUCGGCCACUGUGGGCACGUCCACGCCAACCUCUUCGCCAUCCUACAGUCCACAAAUGACCUCGGCAAGCCAGCAACCACCUGCCCCACUGGACGCCUCGCCAGUCAUGUUGUCCAAGUCACCAAGUCCACAAAUGCAGUCAUACCAGCCGCCACAGCCACAACCACAACCACAACAACAAUAUCAGCCACAGCCAAUGGCCGCCACGCCAUCACCUUAUAGUGGAGCACCAUCACUUGCCAAGCCAUCGACCACAACAACAACCACAAUGACUACCAUCACAACAACAACUACCAAUCCUCAGCAACAACAGCAGCAACCAGGAAACAAUACUGGACUUCGCGUGAUCAAGCCUGCACCUGGUAGCAGUGUAUAUGGUACGGCAGCAUUCUCCAGCGCCAGCGCCACCAAGCAGCCACAACAAUUCAAUAAUCCGAAUGCAGGAAGAGCGUUGCCAAUGCCAAAGACACCUGUUGCCGCGGCAACAGCCGGCAAAUCACUGCCCCAGGCCGAGGCACUCUUUGACUUUGUUGGCCAGGACACCUCCGAGCUGUCCUUCAAGAGAGGCGACAUUCUAGUGCUCCACACCACCACUGGCGAGUGGCUUAACGCCGAGUUGAAUGGCGCCAGAGGUACCAUUCCAUUCAACUACAUCAGGAUGCUCGAGUAG